AUGCCUUGUCUUAUCUGUGCACUCACAAAAGGCAUCGAAGAAAAUCAAGGAACACGUCCUCCCUCUUGGCUCAGCCUUUGGUGCCUACUGCGCUUUAGACAUCCUCGCCGCAACCCGUCCGGUGUUCUCACGAUGGCCACGACGUCUCAGACCGAGUUGGCGAUGAAGACGGAGCCAACAUCCCACAGCGAAGCUCCUGUGGUGAAGAAGGCCACCCGCUCGGCAUCUUGGCUGGAGAUUUUGGGCCUCAAGGGCAACUUCAGCCACUUGAACCUCAAGGACCCCUUCAAUGUGAAGAAGCUUGGUUCCAGCUACACCACCGAAAUCCGGGCCGGCUUGACCACUUUCCUGGCCAUGGCCUACAUCCUCCCGGUGAACAGCGGCAUGCUCAGCCUGGCGGUGCCCGACAUGAAGGAGCAGCUGGUGUGCGCUACAGCCCUGGCUUCCUUCUGCGGCUGCUGGCUGAUGGGCAUCCUGUCCAACUUCCCCUUUAUGCUUGCGCCAGGCAUGGGCACCAACGCCUACUUCACCUUCAGCAUCGUCUUGGGUCGGGGCCUCCCUUGGCAAGCAGGCUUCGCGGCCGUCUUCAUCGCCGGCGGCAUGUUCACGUUCCUCAGCGUCACCGGCAUGCGCACGCUGCUCAUCCGGCUCUUCCCGCAACUAGGUGGCAUGUAG